CAUGCCCAUUUUUGCCCCAGAAACGCCCAGAUAAAGUAAAUUAUAAGAUUGAGGUAAUAAAUAAAAAUUUGAAUUAAAUUGUUAAUUUUAAGUCCUAAGAAGCACUGGAUAAAAAAUAAAAAAAAUACGACUUUUUGUUGACCACCGAUCGGGGCUUUUGACAGAAUAAUGUUUCAUUCAUGCUUUUUGCAUUUAUCACGGUCUGGAAUCAUGUCUUUUGGCCGGUUUAUUCACUCGUUGUGUUUUUACAAAUUAUUUUGAAUAAUGAUAAACUAGUAUUAUAGUGUUGCUGUUUUAUUUGUAUAUUAAUGAUACUAUCGGUAAGAUUAACUUCAUAAUAAGUAACCGCAUGUAAAUUAUCUUACUAGUAAAAAAUAUGAAACGUUAUUUUUUUUAACAUCUUUUAAGACUGGCAACACUGAUUCAUUCAUUCACUCUGCGUCUGCUGCUGUGUUUACGUUUACUCCGAUUGUGCUUUUCCGUUCAAUUUAAAAUCUACUUCGGCUACGUUUUAUGGAUAUUGAUAGUGUCGUUUUAUUCAGUGACUUCGGCUUUUCUUAUACGGACUUCGUUGUGUUUUGUGAUUUGGACUUUUCGUUUGUGACACAAAAUGUUGCGUUGCUUGAACUGUGGGUUACGCGUUCAACGCAUACAGAGGCAUGUUGUUACAACUUUGCCUCAAGAGUUGCUAAUUAUCUUGUCUAUUUGGCUGAGAAUUGAAUAUCUCCCUAUGGAAGAUGUAAUAUGUCAUGCAUGUUAUGUAUUCUUACAAAAUGCUGAUGUAAACACACCUAGAAUAUUAGGUCAUACUAAUAUCUGUGCUGGCUGUGGCUGUUCUUUGAAUGAAGCUAGACUUCAUUCUCUCGAAGAAAAUGGACCAUUAUAUGAUUUUUUUCCAUGGAUUAGAUCAGUACAGAAUGGAAGAGAUAGCUAUGCUGUUUGUCAUAAUUGUUGGCGGCGAGCUAGCCGACAAUUUGAACAAGAUUCUCAACGAGAAAUGGCUAUACCACAAUUGCCACCUGUACCUGCUCCUGCUCCAGCACCUGCCCCUGCUCCGGCACCUGCCCCUGUCCCGGCACCUGCACCUGCUUCUGCCUCUCAGCUGGGCCAGAGAUCAGUUGGAAUGGUCAAUUUACCUCAUUACAAGAGCUGCUAGUACAUCAAGACACUGCAUUUAUUCCGACUGCGGUUAUGUACCUAUGCAUUUAAUACCAACAUUUAUUAAAAAUAUGUUAAUUGUAGAUUACAACUAUUAUGUGCCCCGGUAUUCACGUGUUUGCCAUCACCAUUUGUAUUCUAAUACUUGGCGUGAAUUACCAGAACAAUCAUCUUCAAUAUCAAGUUUUAGUAUAAAUCAAAUAGAAGAUUUAGUUAAUAUGGCAAAACAAAAAACUGUCACAUUUAAUUUUGAAUGUGUUGAAGAAAUGCCCAACCACAUAUGCCAUUAUUGGACUGGACUGGAAGUGUCUGAAUUCAUUAUUUUAUUUAAUGAGUUACCUUUAGCUAAUCAGGUACCAUCACCAAAAUCUGCUUUGGCUAUCUUUUUAAUUAAAAUGAGGACAGGGGACAGUAACAAGAGAUUGUCUUCAUUAUUUAAUAUACCUCGAUCAACUAUGGAGAGGCACAUGAACAUUGUACGC